AUGCACUUCGUAGGAAACUUGGGAGUUGCAAAGGAUGGCAAAUUUGUUGUGAAACUCCCAUUUUCUGAACAGUCUUCAGCCCUGGGGGCAUCACAGAAAACAGCCACGAAUAGAUUUCUGGCUCUAGAAAGAAGAACGUCACCUGAAGUCAGGAAAGGCUACGUGGACUUUAUGAAUGAAUACGAAGCACUCGGACACAUGAAACAAGUGCAUCAAACAGAUAUACCCGCUAAUCACUACUUCAUUCCACACCACUGUGUGCUAAAGCCGGAAAGCAGUACAACAAAGUUGAGGGUAGUAUUCGACGCUUCAUGCAAAACCACCAGCAACAAGUCUUUGAACGACAUACUCUAUGCUGGACCCACGGUGCAAAGCGAGCUAUUUGCAAUUCUAUUACGCUUCCGCACUCAUAAAUACGUGUUUACAGCGGACAUAGAGAAAAUGUAUCGGCAGGUGUGGAUACACCCUGACGAUCAAUAUCAUCAACUAAUCGUCUGGAGAAUGAAUCCAUCAGAUGAUCUUAAAUAUUAUCGGCUCAAAACCGUAACAUACGGUACAACGUCAGCCCCAUUCCUAGCAACAAAAUGCUUAGAUUACUUGUCCGAGAAGGCAAAGGAUCAAUUCCCGCUUGGAUCGUCUGCUCUAAAGCACGAUUUCUACGUAGAUGACUGUCUCACUGGAGCAAACAGCGUUGCGGAAGCAGUCCAAAUUCAAAGGGAAUUAAAUAAAAUACUGUUACCAUCCGGUUUCAAGCUCCGAAAAUGGUGCUCCAAUAAUGGGCAAAUUCUAACAGACGUUCCCGAAGCAGACACCAUCAAACCGUCAAGCUAG